AAGACUGGCAAGAAGCCCCGCGCCAAGAAGGUGAAGAACACGAAGGGCGCUGCUGGCCGCGGUGUGUCGAAGGGUGCCGUUCAGCAGAAGGGUGCCCGCGGCGCUCCCGCACAGAAGGGUGCUGCCCAGAAGGGUGGUGCUCGCAAGCCACAGCAGCAGCAAAAGUCACAGAAGUCUCAGCAACAGAAGUCGCAGCAGCAACGCGGUGCCCGUCCCGCCAGGAACGAGGAGGGUGGCCGUCCGCAAAGCGGUAAGCAACGCAGCGAAAAGAAGGCACCUCAGGCCCGCGGCAAGCAGGGCGCCCCAUCACGUAAGUAA